GGUUGUGUUCUCUCACCCUUGCUGUACAUCCUCUACACCAACGACUGUCGUACCCUGACUGAGAACUGCACGGCAAUCAAAUACGCUGAUGGCACCGUCCUUGUCAGUUUAAACAAUGGCCCCCAAUACCUUAAUAAUUAUUUAAAUGAUGUGACCUAUUUUUCAAAUUGGUGUAAGAACCAUUUCCUUAAAAUCAAUCUAAAGAAAACAUGUGAACUUAUCAUUGAUUUUAGGAAGAAAAAUGGGUCAGAUCAUGAACCACUGAAUAUUGAUGGUGAACAGAUUAAAGUUGUUCCUGAGUACAAAUAUUUAGGUACUGUGAUUGAUGAAAAAUAUGAAUGGUCCAGUAAUACACUUAGACUGUACAAAAAAGGCCAGCAACGACUUCAUAUGUUACGGCAACUUAGGAAAUUUAAUGUUGAUAAGGAAAUUCUAGAAAUAUUCUACCAAUCAAUGAUACUCAGUGUGAUUUCUUUCUGUCGGAUUAUAUGGGAAGCUAGCUUAUAUGAAAAAGAUAAGGGAUUGUUGGCGAAGAUCACUAAAAGGGCGGGGCGUGCAAUAGGAGUAGAUUCUUCUAAGCUCAAUUUUAAGUAUAAUGCAGGUGUUCUCUCCAUG